AUGGAGUUGUUUUUAUUUGCCCGCUCGGGUCUCCCUGUUCGGGUGCUGGAGACUUACGCCCGUCCGGUUGGAGUGAUCUACCGCACACCGGCUGUGUACGUCCCGAAGCUGUCAGCCAGCUUACAGAAAUACGUCUGCGAUGGACAUUGUCUUGUCUUGGGUGAUUUCAAUGCGGCACAUAUUGAUUGGGAAACUGACAUCUUAUCUCAUCACGCGGAUUUGUUUUCCGGAGAAUUUCUUUUCGCUGUCCAGGCUCUCUCGCCUGUUCAGCAUGUUCAUGUGCCCAUGUGGAUUGUUGGGGAUUAA